UUUUGGUCCAUAGGAAGUCUCUGCUAGGAAAGAUUCCUCUUGGAAUACUUUCAGAAGGAGUGUUGACAGCCUGGAUUCCAUUGAGCCACUAACAGCCACUUGGCUGAGGUGCAGCAGAUGAGACCCUUCUGAAAUCAGCUGGGAAUUUAAAAGAAUCAGUGAGAGCAGAGGUCCCCUGGAAGGGGAUUCUGGGAGGCAUCCCUACAAGGAGCCACUGCUGGCCACUGGUAGAAGGAGGUGUGUUUUCCCUACAAAGUUGCUGGGCAAUUCCUGGGCUGCCGAGUCUCAUCCCUGUCAGGAUCUACUCUGCUCACCUUGUGGGAUACAGACCCCAUCUCUGGCACAUCAGAAACCUUCCCACUGGGAGAGCCUGGAGAAUACAGGCAGCCUCCCAAGUGCCAGCCCUUGUCCUUCAUGCUCAUCUCAGGGGGGAGGGCUUGGCCCUGAGUUCUGAAAUGCUUCAAAUACAUUCUUGUUGCCACGAAGAGUUCAGGAUAGGAGAAACCCAGGGAAAAAAGAAGAAAUAGGAAUGUACGUGUCAUCAUGUUCCAUGACUGGUAAAUCUUUCAACAACUCACCCAAUGAGGCAAGGAGGCAAAGGUUGAAGCUCAGCAAUCCAGUCCAGUCACUGUUUCUGCCGUCACAAAGCCGUGAGCGCGGGAGACGGCACCGGGAGAAACAGGGAGAGAGGAUCAGCUUAGCCAGGAACAGGGAUUCUUCAGCGACUGGCAGCUCUCCAUGGCUGUUUCUCGCUGGCUCCUCACACCUGUGCUCGUCCUGCUGCCCCUCAUGACAGGGGUUUCAGCACAGCAGCAAGGAUGUUCUGUCAGUAACAGCAAUCCGAAAGUUCCUGAAAACAACCCUGUUAACUACGUGGUGACCACCAUCUACGUGCAGCCAGGCUUCACCGUCAGCAUCGACCCCCGGUUCCCCGACGGCAGUUUCUUCACCAUCCAGGGGGAUGAGCUGCUGCUCACAAAGGUGGUGGACUAUGAGGAAGACCCCCUGCUGGUGGUGUACCUGAACUGUGAGGACUCUACUGGCCAGAGCGAUUCUUUGGAAAUCAUUGUCACCAUUCUCAACCUGAACGACAACGAUCCGCAGUUUCAGCAGCCGAAUCUCACCAGGUCUGUCCGAGAGGAUACAGAAGUGAAUGCAACCAUUGUAGCCCGUGAAGAUUUAACUGCUACUGAUGCUGACCUGGACAUCAUCUACUAUGAACUCACAGCCACAGUGCAGGGCACAGACGGUUAUUUUGCCAUAAAAGGAGUUAAUAACCCUGAAAUUUAUUUACAAAAAGCACUGGACUAUGAUAAAUUUCAAUCAACAAGGUUGCUGUUGUAUGCAAGGGACAGGCCUGUGGGCAGCGCCGACCUCACCAGAACAGCUACUGCAACAAUAACCCUCCUGAUCACCCAAGCAGACACCAGAGCACCCUGGUUCCUGCCCUGUGCCCUCCUCCACAACGACACCAGUGUCUGCAUCAGCAGCCCCUACUCCGGGAUCGUCAACAUCUCCGAGCUGGCGGUGGAGCCACUGACCCUGAGACCAGGACCCAUCUAUGCCGUUGAUCCCGACUACACCAUAAACGAGAAGAUCGUGUACAGCAUCGUUGGGGGGAAUACAGAUGAAGUGUUCUCAGUGGAUGCAGACACGGGGAAUCUAACUAUGAACAAAAUAGUGACUUCCCCAGACUCCUUCCUCUUGCAGGUCAUGGCCACCCAGGCCAACAACGUCCGGAAAUACUCCGUGGCCACCGUAGAGAUAAAGGUCAUCAACAAGAGCCUUUAUCCCCCACACUUCGAGACAGGGCUCUACAGCGGCACCGUGGUGGUUGGACUGGCCCCAAGGAGCUUUGUCUUCCAGGCUGGAGAUCCUUCCACCCCCCUGACGAUCACGGCAGCCGACGAGGACUUCCCUGAUAAAUUCAACCCAAACAUCGAGUACUACAUCAAAAACAGCACCGAUUUCAUCGCAACCAGAGACGGACUCAUCCUGACCAACGUGGUGCUGCAGUCCCCAGGGACUGUGGCCAUCGAGGCUGUUGGAAGAGAUGUGUUGAGCCUGCAGGAGGCAAGCACUGUAAUUGAGGUGGAGGUCCUGCCGGCCACAGAUGAAGCCUCCUCUGAUAAGAUGUACUCUGCUCAGGACAUGGCUAUCCUAGGGGGCACCUUAGCAGCACUGCUCUUAAUUGCCUUGGUCUUCCUUGGAGUGCUGGUAUGGAAAUCCAGUAAAUGGUAUGGAAAACCUGUCAAACACCUGCUGAAGAAGAAGCUCUCCAAGGAAGUCUCUGGGGGUCACCACAACGAAUAUUACCAGGAAUAUGAAUACCCAGACGUGAGCACCACACAGGAUAAGACACCAGAAAACGGCAGCGUCCGGUCGGAGACUGGUGUGCUGGAGCAGCCAGUGCCUCCCCUGCCCUCCCGCAGUGCAGGGGAAACUGAGAGUCUCUCAAGGGGUCCUACAGCUUCCAGCACCAUCUCCAUCCAGGGAGAGAAAGAGGAAGAAGUGGAAGAAGAGCCCGGACAGGAGAAAGAGGUGAAGUCCAUCCUCAAGACAGACAGGCACGUGGCAGAUGAUGGCUACAAAGCUGUGUGGUUUAAGACCGAUGUGGAUCCAGAGGCUGGAGAGAGGGUUGAAGUGAUUGAGAACAAUGCAGCAGCAGAUGAUGAUGAUGAUGACAGUGACCAAUAUCUGCAGAAGAAUGAGGAGGAGGAAGAAGAUUCUGACCUGGAUGAUCAGCACGGAGGGCUGGGACUGUCCUUCGCCUCAGAGAGCUCCUCACCCCCAGCUGCACAGGAGACAGUCAAUGUGUCUUAUAUGGAUGCAGUGACAGGAGAAGAGUCUGAAUUAUAAUGGAAGUGGGCCUACAUCCCCCUCAAAAUGGGGGAAUCUCAGCAGCUUUGCUGGCAUGAAGUCCAUCUUUCUGCUCAGGGAGUAAACUGGAAUGCAGAGGAUGAGGUUGCCUGCCCUGCCUGUCUAAAUGCAGCAAAUAAGGCCAGAGGAGAUUACAGCUAAUUUACCCCUUUAGUGAGACCUUGGAAUGGCACUUAGGAUUCAAGGGGGAGAACAUGUUUCAUCUCUCCACUUCCUGCCUGUUUCCCUGGGCCCCUUCACAUCACCUUUCCCAAACUGGCUGCAGGUACAGCAGAGCUGUACCUGAACUGACCUGGCAGUCCAGGUCUGACCUUAGCCCAGCUCAGGGAGCAGUUUGGUUACACAGCCCAGUGUUCAUCUCCUUGGUGGGUGAAUAAGCCAGCAGUGAGUGCUUGGCUGUUCCCUUCAGGGUGUUACAGUCUGGUGUCAGCAAGUCCCCCUGAGCCUGCAGUUGCUCAUGUGACUGUGUCCAGGAACUCACUUCAGGGCCUGGCUCUGCUCUGUGCUCCAGCACAGGCAGCUGGAAUGUGCCACCACAGUCCUCAUCCUGCCACCAGCCAGGAGGUUCUACACUCAGGAGCUGGUGUUUCCUCUGUCAUUGGUUAACAAGCACCAAUCACUUGUUCUUUACUGAAGGACUUAGUCAUCAAUUUUCUAUGCCAUAAACCCACUCAUUGUGCACUAUUUUAACUGUCUAUCUCCUAUCUAUCAGGGAAAAGAGCUCCUGAGAUAUUGCCUUCAGUUAUGGCCCUGCCAAGUCAGCACUGUGUUUCCAGGCAGCAGGGGGAGGAAGGUGUUUGAUGCUCCUGUCCAGGUUUGCACCUCCCAUCGACCCAUCUCUUCCCCCAGCUGGCAGCCAAAGGCUGGGCUGGUCUCCACUGGCAUCUUCUGAUCAUCAGCACAAAAUUUAUACUGCUCCUGGUUUUCUCACUUUGGGGCUCACUGCAGAGCAGAUGUGGGUUGUGGAGCGUUUAACUUCCAGUAAAAACUCAAGACUGUCCAAGGCAGGGAUGCAGCAGGAGGAACUUGGGUCACUGGUCUUUGUCUCAUUUCCUCAGCUUAGCACAACAGCACAGGAUUGCAACAAAGUAAGUGUCAUGGUAGAGGAGCAAAACCAAUAAAUAAUCCUGCCUUUUCCCUUCAAACCAAUCUGCACUUUGCUGCCAUUAUUCCAGACAAACCCGAGAGAGAGAGAAACCAAAGGAUGACUGCUGGGAUCCUCAAGUACUCCAGAGCACAAAGGAUUUGCAAGGAGGCUUUUAUCCUCUAGGCCCAUACUUUAUUCCCAUCCAUGUCCCUGUCCCAGUGUUCAGUGCUCAGUUCUGCUCUCCUGAGAGCUGCCCUGGCUGUGUGGCCUUCAGGAGCUGCACUCGUGCUGCAGGUGGAGACGUGGGAAGCUUUGAUCCCUCCUGCAGCCGAGCUGUUUGCCCAGUGUGGUUUGGCUGCUGGUGGAGGGCAGGGAGUGUGCCCUGUGUUUGCCAUGUAAACAAGGCUCCUCCUGCUGCUUUGGGUUGUCUCCAGUAAGCAUUUCCCACGGGACUGGGAGAGCUCUCCAGCAGCUCCUGAUGGCAGCCCACCACCCUUGGGCACAGCGAGGGUGAGCCCAGCCUGCCAUCCCUGGUGCUGCUCCUGGGAGGACUGUGAGGGGUGGGAGAGGCUGGAGUGUCCCUCAUGGCUGUGCCACGUGUGCUCAUUCCUGUCUGUCAGGGCCCUGUUGUCUGUCUGUCUGGGUUUCUGGCACAGUGAUUGACGAGCUCCCUGGACCUGCAGUCUGUGCUCAGCUCCCAGUGCUCCCCCUUCCCUCCCCGGGGUGCUCCCUGUGCUGUUGGAAUCAGACUGGUCCCACCAAACCAGGCUUUGUUUUCCUCCAGUCCUCAUCAGUACACACAGCCACGGGGCUUGGUGUUUUUCAGAGUUAUGCUUGUUUAAUUUCCAGGGAGGUGAUGUUUGGUAAAUGCUGUGUCUGUGGAAGUGGUGGUUGUUGUGAGGAGAACUAAUAAAACUUGGCAACAGGCAGAGCUCAGCUUCCUCCAGCUAUUGCCUUAAAGCCUCCAGAUCCUGUUCUUCACUUCUGCCUUUUUGGAAAAAAAAAAAUAAUAAAAAAGUGAAAGGAACAAGAAGAAAAUGUAACCUUUUCAGUUCAAGUCCAUCUGAGUUUACCCUCCAUCUGGUGGGAUUUGUUUGUCUGCUGAGGCUGGGAAUGUUUAUAAACUUCUUGCAUUAUUGUACAGCAAUCAUGUUCAUUUAUAAACAUCUGCGUG